AUGACGCCGGACCUAACGGACGACAUCGUCGACGAAAUCCUGCUCCGCCUCCCGCCGGAAGACCCGGGCUGCCUCUUCCGCGCCUGCCUGGUCUGCAAGCGCUGGCGCGGCGUCCUCACCGGCACCGCCUUCGCCAGCCGCUACCGCCACUUCCACCGCGCGCCGCCGCUGCUGGGCUUCCUCGAGAACCAGUUCCUCGGCUGCUGGUUCGCCGCCCCCUCCUCCGCCACCUCCCCCGUGCCCCCGAUCCACCCCGCCCACCGAAGCCUCGACGCGCUCGACGCCCGCCACGGCCUCGUCCUCCUCGACGUCAACGACCCGGGCCUCGGCCUCGCCGUCUGGGACCCGCUCCGCCGCCGCCAGUGGGAUCUCCCCUUCCCGUCCCUACCCGGGUCGGCGCUGGGGUUCCAUGUCCACACGUACACCGCGGCGGUGCUCUGCGCCGCGGACGGCUGCGACAACCUCGACUGCCGCCACACCCACGGUCACGGCCCGUUCCUCGUCGCCUGCGUGUGCGACGACGAGAAGGGGACUUUCUACGCCUCCAUGUACUCCUCCGAGGCCAGUGCGUGGAGCCCCGUGACCUCCGCCGAGCACCCCCCUGCCGCUACAAGUACAAGCCUCAACACCAAGCCCAAACUACUUCUGACAAAUGCACUCUACUUCACCUGCCACUGCGAGCCGACGACAGUGAUGAUCCUCCGGUACGACGUGGCCAGCCAUGGACUGUCAAUCUUCGACGGGCCGGCCGCGAGCCAGGCUAACCAUAACCAGUAUGUGCUUGUGGAGGCGGGCGACGGUGCGCUGGGGUUCGCCAGUGUGCAGGGGUCCAUGCUUUGCUUGUGGUCGACGGAGGCUAGUGCUGACGGAAGAGCUGUGACAUGGGCGCGACAGAGAGGCGUUGAGCUCGACAAGCUGCUCCCGCCGCUUGCCUUCUCUGCUGAGCUCUAUGUGACGGGCUUCGCCGAGGGAGUUGGUGUCAUUGUCCUCACAUAUGCUGGCACCUUCACGAUUCAGCUCAAGUCUGGCCGAGUCAAGAAUGUACCUGGAGCUGCAAGAAUUCUCCAUGCCUUUCCUUACACCAGCUUCUACACCCCAGAUCAAGCUGGGGGAAUAAUGCCAUAUUUACCAAUGUCCUCCUUGGAGAACAGUGAAGCGGCCCAGGAUCUGCUGUUGCAACAGGCUAGUAUGGAGGCAAGCGAAGUGAGGGAACGGGGGAAGGAGGAGGGUGAAUGGAAAGAGGAUGAUGAUGACGAUGACGAGGAGGAGGGCGAAUGGAAAGAGGAUGAUGGUGACGAGGAGGAGGGCGAAUGGACAGAGGAUGGCGAUGACGAGGAGGAGGGCGGAUGGGCAGAGGAUGACGAUGACGAGGAGUCGGGAGAGGAAUUGGAGAAAGACCUAGAGCAUGCACAUAAUUUGUUUGGCAUGUGGUCCAAGGCCAUUGAUAUUGGGGACUUCGACUGUGCCGUAUUACUCGCCGUCAGCACUCUCCAGUGCAGGUUUUCAUGUCAUGGGAGACUUUCUCCGAAGUGUGCUUACACAUACUAUAUAUAUGGAUGUACUUUGCUAUACAAACCUCUACCUGACAGCAAACCAUCUUGGGGGAGAGAUGAUGUUGAAAAUGUGAUGCCAUUAUCUGAUAACCUCGAUUUUGAUCUGGCCUUGAAAAUGUUGCAUAUUGCGAGGACAAUACUUGAGAAGUGCCCUGGCAGCAGUAUGGAGAAAGUUAAAGUAUUUUCUGCUCUUGCCGACGUUAAAAUCAUGUCUGCUCUUGGUAGAGGCUCCUUGGGAAGAGAAGACAUAGACUACUCAUUACGUGUGUGCUUCAAAGCUCUAGCCAUCUCGGAGCAUUUGAUUGAGCCUGACAAUUAUUGGAUUAUCAAACUAAACGUCAGCAUAUGUUUGAUCUUUGAGUUGGCAUCCAAUAUUGGAGACGCUGUCGCGUAUUGUGCAAAGGCUAUUUCAGUUUGCAAGUCACGUGUAUCCAACCUGAAAAAUGGAAAGGAAGCUUUGUUGCUGGACAACGGUGAUAAUGCGUCUGCUGCUGAAGCAGCCUCAGAAAGAUCUGCUCUCAGUUAUGAGCUGGAGUAUCUUACUGACAUGUCGUGCAAACUCGAGAAGAAGCUUGAACACCUGGAGCAAGCAAUCCCAACCCCAGCUUCAGAGGCAAGUGGUGAGCAGAAUGUUGGCGAUGCUACGCCAAGAGCUGCAUCCUCGACUCCUGUUAGUGACUUGUUGCAACUUCUUAGCACAUUUGAUCCUGUCUUGCGUAAAACAAGCUGCACGCCUAUUUGGCCAGAGCUGCAAAAUGUCUAGGACUUGCAUAAACCAGCUCCGUCCUGAAGUAGCUUGAACUGCUGAUUAGUUCAUCAAAUGUGACCCUUCCUGGUGUUUGAUAUGCGCAAUGUCUGUGUACUUCCCAAUGCUGAUUUCUGUCGGUUACACGUCUCAUGUGACAGCAGGCAGCAGAGUUAGGCUUUCUGCUGUUGGCAUCUUUUGUUUUCACUGUCUCCAAACUUUUUCGUAGCACAUCAGGUCUCGACCAAUUAUGGAUGUAGUCGAUGGUUAAACAUGUUGUCCUUCCGAAGUUCCAUUUUGUGAGCUAUGCAAAAAAAAAAAAGGUGUGCAUUGCAUA